CCAAACUGAGAGUUUCUCACCCCCUGCGCUGUGGCCUUGUGGUGGACAUGGGAAAUGUAAACAGUAGUCGGGCUGGAUUGUAACUACGCACACUUCCCACGUCCUCCUCCCGCCUCCUACCGGGAUGGAGAUGGAGACGGAGAGGGUCGAGCCGGAGCAGGAGAGGGAGGCAGAGCCGCCCAUGCACAGCGUCCACGGGACCAACCGGAUCCGGCCGUCCUCGUACCGGGCCCUGCGCAGCGCCGUGUCCAGCCUGGCCCGCCUGGAUGACUUCACCUGCGAGAAGAUCGGCGCUGGCUUCUUCUCAGAGGUGUUCAAGGUGCAGCACCGUGUGUCCGGUCAGGUCAUGGCUCUGAAGAUGAACAUCCUGGCCAGCAACAGAGCCAACAUGCUCAGGGAGGUCCAGCUCAUGAACAGACUGUCGCACCCCAACAUACUCAGGUUUAUCGGAGUUUGUGUUCAUGAGGGCCAGCUCCACGCCCUCACAGAGUUCAUUAAUGGCGGUAACCUGGAGCAGCUGUUGGGCAGCGACGUGUACCUGUCGUGGAGCGUGAGGAUGAGCCUGGCGCUGGACAUCGCCCGGGGACUGCAGUACCUGCACAGCAAGGGCAUCUUCCACCGGGACCUCACCUCCAAGAACUGCCUGGUGCGCUGGGAGGGCCGUGUGUGCUCCUCCGUGGUGGGAGACUUUGGCCUGGCGGAGAAAAUCCCAGAUUACAGCGAUGAAGAGGACCAGGAGCCGCUGGCCGUGGUGGGCUCCCCCUACUGGAUGGCCCCGGAGGUGCUCAGAGGAGAGGUGUAUAAUGAGAAGGUGGAUGUGUUUGCGUACGGGAUCGUCCUGUGUGAGGUCAUUGGGAGGAUCCAGGCCGACCCCGACAUCCUGCCCCGCACCGAGGACUUUGGUCUGGAUGUGGUGACCUUUCAGCAGAUGGUGGAAGAUUGUCCUCCUGACUUCCUGGAACUGGCCAUCUCCUGCUGUAAUAUGAACUCAAAGCUCCGUCCAUCCUUCUCUGAAAUCGUGGUGGAGCUGGAGCGGCAGCAGGCUGAGAGGAAGCAGAAAGAUGAACCAACAGUCAAAGCUGUUUCUCCAUCCAUCGGCCCUCUCAGAAGGCGGUCCCUCUGCCUCCCGUCGGACCCUCGCCUCUCCCGCAGCAAAUCGGACAUGCUGCUCCCCCCGGACACGCCCCCCUCCGUCACCAACGCCAUCCCUGCUCGGAUCAACCCCUUCUCUCAGAGGGAGGACCUCAAGGGGGGCAAGAUCAAGCUGUUCGACACCCCUAGCAAGUCGGUCAUCUCCCUCACCUUCACCCUGCCCCCCCUUCCGGACUGCGAGGACCCCUCUGUGUCCGACACUGAUGGCGUUGUCCUGAGGAGACACCGGCGCUGCCACUCGCUGCCGUGUACGCCCCCUCCUCACCUCACAUCGGCACCGAACACCGUCCUGACCGAGGAGGAGUCCCCGUCUGAAGUGGACGCUGUAAACUGUGAGACAAAAGAAGAAGAGACACUGUUGGAGAAAGACAGACUAUUGGAAGAAGAGAGACUGUUGGCAGAAGAGAAGGAGAUCAAGGAGGGGAGUGGGAGUGAUUCAGGUCUGCCCGGUCUGUCUCUUGAGCCCCUGUCCAUGGACCCGGAGGACGGAGAGCCGAUGGACUGCUCCAGCUCCCCGGACACACAGGACAGCGCUUCAUCUCCGUACUCGAACCUCUCCCCUCAUCCUGCUUACUCAACUCCAAUCCAACCCUCCACCCCUCCCCUCUCAAACGGCUGGGGGUCGGCCAUCUCCAACGGGCCGCCCUGCCUGCCUCCCCUCUCUCACUUGGACAACAACAACGUGGUCGUGAGUCGACAAUUGACCAACAACAACGGCUACCACUCCCCUCCCAGUGACCCUGCAGGCUCCACCCCCUACGGCUCGGGCAGCGUUCGCUCUCUGGACCAGGAGGAGGGGGUCUCCUAUCCUCUGGACCAGGAGGAGGUGGUCUCGUGUCCCGGCUGCUGCCUGGCCGGCCUCCGCUUCCCCUCCAUGUGUCUCAGAGCUCCGCCGCGCAUGAACCCUUACAAGAACUUGAACGGGGAACAUGCAGCGUCCCGUGGGCUGCUCGCUCCGGGACCAAAAGACUCUCCCUCCCCCACCCCCACCACCACCGCCUUGCCGGGGGCACAGACUUAAACUUCUCAACAAAGAGUGUGGAAACUCUGCAACAAAAGCUUCCCUCCUGGAAAUUAAGCGGGUCUUCUCAGAAUUUGCACAGAUUGUAACGCAGCAAUACCCUGCUUAUUUUCUAGACUCACUUUUGGGUGCGGAUGGGUUUAGAGGAACAGACUCCAGGCUGAAGCUGUGGGGCGAGGGACUCUCUGCUGUUGCAUGUCGCCCUCUGCUGGGCUGAGGACGACAUGUUGAUCUGACUGAUUAUCCACAGCGUCCUGAACUGUUAAGCAUGUAAGCAGUUUGUUUGGAUCCUGUAUAUCCAGAGAUAAAAAGACUCAUGACUGAUGAUGAUGCUGAAAUGAGGAAUGUUAAGCUUAGUAUUAUUACGGCUGCAAUUACUUUUGUUGAUUGGUGCUGAAUGAACACGCAGUUUUUGCUUUCAUGUCUUUAAUUACCAAGAGGGUGUAUGGUGCACUGCUGGACUGUGUGUGAGAGUGUGGAUUCAGUGUGAAAGGUUGGAUGUGUGUGUGUGUGCGAGUGAGAGAGAGAGAGAGGAAAGGUAAGAGAUUGUGUGCUGUACACCGUUCUUUUGACCUUUUUUGUUGCUGUAUGAUCUCUGUUGGCCCUGCUGGUCGCCUGGUUAAGCACUUCAACUGUAUUACUGUUGUGAAUAAGGAAACUAUUGAUAUUAUUAUUAUUAUUACUUUGAGGAAUGAAUGGUCGAAGACCUGCUUAUGAGAUGUACAGAUUCUUAUUAUUUAAAGAUGGCAUUGAAUAAAAAGAUAGAAUGUUA